AUGGUGAAUGAUUUCCAAAAGGGUUCCUUAUCCACCCGUCUUGGGAUACCGAUGAUUUAUGGGAUUGAUGCUGUUCAUGGUCACAACACAGUGUACAAGGCAACGAUUUUCCCUCACAAUAUUGGUCUUGGAGCUACAAGGCAAGUAUGUAGAGAUCCAAGAUGGGGUCGGUGUUAUGAAAGCUACAGCGAAGAUCCCAACAUUGUCCGAGCAAUGACUGAGGUCAUACCGGGAUUACAGGGAGAUAUCCCUGCUAAUUCUGUAAAGGGUGUUCCCUUUGUUGGUGGAAAGAAAAAGGUUGUGGCCUGUGCCAAGCACUAUGUGGGGGAUGGUGGUACAACUGAAGGCAUCAAUAUGAACAAUACAGUGAUAAGCAGGCAUGGACUUCUCAGCAUCCAUAUGCCACCCUACCGCGACUCAAUCAUCAAGG